AUGGCGGACGCAGAGGCCACUGGCGGCGGCGCGUUGCCGCUCGGUGCGACCCACGGCCUCACGCUCAGCAACAGCUCUACACUACUGGCGGCCGUCGUGCUCGCGCUCGCGGGCGUCGCGGCGCUGGUCUUCCAGCAGCGCAAGGGACAGCAGCAACAGCAGCCGCUCGGUCACAGUGGCUCUACACAGCGCACGCGCAAGCUGAGCAACAUUGGCCUGUCGACGCUCGUGACCGAAGUGCCGACGAACCUGUCGAUCCCCGUGUCGGUGCUGACCGUGGCCGGCCGCCUCGCUACGCAGGACUACGUCGAGCGGCUGCGGUCGCGGCUCGUGGCCGACGCGUUCUUUCGGCGCUGGCGCAGCGUCGUGUGCGGCGAGCACCAGACGGGCGUGUACAAGUUCGUGGAGCUGCUGGACUUUGACGUGGUGCAGAACGUCGUGGAGCACACGAUCGGAGAGGGUGAGACGACCAUGUCAUACAUUGAGUCGACGCUCGUGAACACGCCGCUAGACUUUGACAAGCCGCUCUGGGAGAUGCACGUCAUCUACGACGCUGUUCGCAGUCCGAACGUCACGACCAUUGGCUGGAGGGUCCACCAUUGUCUCGGCGACGGCGCGUCGCUGGCGACCGCCAUGGUGAAGCUCAGUGACCAGAGCGCAGUGUACGACGCGAUGCUCGAGGAGCGCGAGAUUGCAAAGCAGGACAAGCGCAAGACGCGGAAACCCAGCAGGCCGUGGUCCCAGACAGUGCGCGACGUGGCAUUGUUCGUGAAGGUGUGUCUGUGGUCGCUGUAUGUGAUUUCGUGCCACAUGACUGCUUUGGUAGCUCGCCAGGAGCCACGGACAGUGUUCAAACGACCUGGUGGGAAGCACAAGCGGCUGUCGUACAAUAUGCUGUACUCUGUGAGUACGACCAAGGCAGUAGGGAAGCAGUUUGGUGCUACGGUGAAUGACGUGAUGCUGAACGUCGUGGCGGGUGCCAUGCGCAAGACGAUAUUGGCGAUGGGUGAGUCCGUAACUCCAACGCUCAAAGUGCGUUGCGCGAUCCCGGUUGACAUGCGCUCCAGCACGGAGAUCAUCCGUCACACGAGCAAUCGCUUUUCGUCGCUCGUGAUUGACCUUCCAGUCGGUAUCGAAGACCCAGGUGAACGGCUUCACAAGGUCACAGCUGCUAUGAACGAAGCCAAGAACUCGCUGGAGAAGUACUUUAUGUACUGGUCGACCCACCUCUUGUCGAUGUUGCCGGCACCGAUCAUGCGCUUGAUUGUGCACUUUGCAACGAGUCGUGUUUCGGUAGCUGUCACCAACGUGCGUGCCAAUCUGGAGAAAGUUACUUUAUGCAACCGUCAGGUGACUGGAAGUUACGGAUUCGUGCCCCCGCCGCCGUAUGUAAACCUGGGUGUGGCCAUCCUGUCGAUGGGCGACGAUCUCGGGCUCAAUGUGCUCGUCGACGUGGGCGUCGGCGUCACUGGCGAGCAAUUUUUGGGGUAUGCCGAGGAAGAGUUCACAGCGCUCAAGGAAUCAGUUCUCGCCAGAGAGGUCGAUGGGAGUGAAUGCAAGAAAACGAAGUAA